CGUUUUGUGGGGUCAGUUGAUUGAAAACACACGGGUAUUCUUUCCAACGAACCAGCAGUUGUCCGUGACGUGGGGACGAGUGUUGUCGCUUGGGUACAUGUUCUCGUGCAAGACAUGUUACCAUUCUAGUGCAUUUACUUUUCAAUUUCUGGGGAGUUGGAUUUUUUACCUGCAUCAAUGAUGAAAUUACUGGCCGGUGUGGAGGAGAUUAGCGAGGAUGGCACGAGUGAAAUAAACGACACCCAAGCGACAAAUAAUAAUAAUGUGGAUAAAUCGGAGGAGAAAAAGCCAUUUCACAAUAAGGCGACCCAUGUGAGACCGAAACAGCCAGCGGGCUCCCCAAUUAAAGGAGAAGUGACCCUUGAAGAUGAGGAACGAAUGCGGCGUCUUCUGCCCAUUGAAGAAGCUCCAGAGUAUCUCACACACAAUCCCUUCAUCCUCCAUGGAUAUCGGGGAUAUUUAACUACAAAAUUAUGUAUAGAAAGUAUUUUCUGGUGGACCAAUGAAACCAUCAACAUAUGGAGUCACAUCUUCGGUUGGAUGCUCUUCCUCGGGCUGACCCUCUACGACCUCUGUUUAUUGAAUAUUCACGCACCUUUCGGUGAUAAAAUCAUCGUGGCCCUUCUCCUCGUCUGCUUUCAGGCCUGCAUGAUUUUAUCGUCUGUGUACCACACAUUCUCCUGCAGAAGUGAGAUGGACUACUGGUGCUUUCUGUGUUAUGACUUGUUCGGUAUUGCAUUCAGUCUACUGGCGAUUUACAUGUCCGGGGUUUAUUACGCUUUCUGGUGCCACAAGGAUCUCCAGCAAUUUUACUUGAUCACAGUCCUUCUGAUAUUCGUCCUGGCGAUGGUACUGCAGAUACCUAGCCUAGAGGUCAAUGGCAAUGUGAAACUCCUGGUGUUCGUCGGAUGGGCAAUCUAUGGAGUCCUUCCUACAUUGCACUGGGGCAUCACCAUGGGGGGCAUGGAGAAUCCCAUGGUUAAAAUGCUAGUGCCCAGGGUUCUGGGAAUGUAUGUCAUCAGUGGUGUUGCAUUUGCUAUUUAUCUCACUAAAAUUCCGGAGCGUUGGUUCCCUGGCUCAGUAGAUUAUAUCGGCUCCUCUCAUCAAUGGUGGCAUGUCCUUGUGGUACUGGCACUGUAUUACUGGCACAACACCGGCAUGCUUUACGUGGAGUACAGGAUGAAUCAUGGAUGUCCCAGCAAUAUGGUAUUAUGACAUGAGGGCAUUGAUGGUCACUCAGACUCUUUUGCCCAUCAGUCGUGUUCUCAGGGGUUGAUUACAGAGCGGGCCGAUUGGUUUCAACAGACAUUCUAUGCCGAUAAAUCGGAAAAUGUAUGUUUUGUAGAACCGCUCACCGCCUACAUGAACUACGGACUUCGACAGAAAACAUUGCAGUGAACGAGAGAAACUCGGUAGUAAAAUGUAGUAUCAAGUUUGCAAUUCAUCUCUCAGUCAACAGACAUUGUCAUCCAUCCAACGAGUUCAUUUAUUUAAUAUUAAAUAAUAGCAGUAGCAAUUGCACCCCAUCACUGCAGUUAACCAAAUGGAAAUGGAUUUCAACGAAAAUAUUUUGUAGAUAUUUUAUUCUCAUUUAUUCUUUCGCAUACAUUUGUUGCUACGUCUAUCUUGAAUUGUUGUUGAAGUAUUUGCGUUGAAAAUCGAGUAUUUUCAUAAUUUGGAACCCUGGAAGGGAUGCCAAGAGCGUUGGUUAUUACGUGAUAUUGUUAUAAUGUAUUCAAUAACCUAUUUAUUUUUAAUUAAUAAUAUGUCUAUAAAUUGU